UCCUCUCUCACCUCGAACGACGGAUACGCGGUAUGCAAAAAACGUGGCUGUGCGACCGAAAAAUGUGCAGUUAACUUUGGAACUCGGAAACGUUAAAUCUUCGGAACUUUAUUUCCGACGAUCGCGCCAGUGCAAUUUGCGGCCAGAGCAAGGAAAUGGGGAUUAAUCCAAACUGGAGUACACACGUUUGGCUACACAUAUCUACGGAUUAGAGUUACGCGCGUACGCGCGUGCAAAGGACGAAAGAAUGCCUUUUUCUCGAGGACGGUGCCGCACAGGCGAAUUAAAGUCGCGUCGCGUCGAGUGCAGACACUGAUUUAUUUCAUCUGGCCCGAUCACGCCCGCGGGCGAACGCGUGCACGCGAAUGGAAAAACUGUUGGAAAAAAGAAAAGUUGCGGGCGACCGAAAGCGUCACUGCCUCUAAUUUUAAUUUCACCGGCCGUCCGGUCUAUAAACCGCGCUUUCGCGUUUUCGGUUGCUCGAUCGCGCGAUGAAACCAGCCGGCCGGAAGAAUUUCGAUGCUGUCCCCGGAAUUGCGGCGAGCCGCUCUUAACCCGGAUAGAGCCGCGAAGGAAGAAGAGAAUUGUUGGCAAGAUCACCGCCAGUCGCCGAGGAAACUGGGUGAAAAUUACGAAUUGUGGACCGGAGGGUGCGCGAGCGCCGCCGAGCGAUGGAUUUUGUGCUGCUGCUCCUCGUGAUGCUGCUGAGGCAAGAGGUCGCUGCUCUGAAGCUACUUCACAUAAAUGUUCCGGCGUACACCCUCAGGGGCAGGAGCGCGCUUCUAGAAUGCAGAUAUGAUCGGGAGAGAGACCAUCUCUAUGGUAUUACAUGGUACAAGGACCACGAGGUAUUCUACAAAUACGUACUCCGAGAUAAAAAUCCCCACGUCUAUGACGUCAAUGGUGUUAAAGUUGACAAAUCUCGCUCGAAUGAUCAGAUAGUGACGCUGCAGGACGCAAACCUUCAUGCCACCGGCAUGUACAAGUGCGAAGUUAACGGGGAGGGGCCGAGCUUUAAUACAGUCAGUGCCGAGGCGAGAAUGGAGGUCAUAGCACUACCUCAAGAAAGGCCAACGAUAACCGGAGAGGAAAAGGUGUACGCCAGCGGAGACGUGCUCGCGCUGAAUUGCACCAGCGGCAAGUCCCAUCCUGCCGCAAAACUCAGAUGGUUCGUUAAUGGCCAGCAGGUGAAGCCUGAUUCGCCAGACUUGUUCGUUGAACAGCACGGGCUAUACUCGACGAUAUCAAGUCUAUUGCUCGAACUGGAGCCGGGUCAUCUCGCCAGCGACAAGAUAAACGUCAGGUGCGAGGCGACGGUGCGAUCGAGCCACGAAGUCGAGCCAUUCGUCGAUGUUCGCAACACCGAGGUCUUUGUUCAAGGUCUCGCAACCCUGACGACACCGUCGCUGUGUCUUUUGGUAGCUGCAGUAUUACAACGAUUUCUGCUGCCUGUGUAGAAUCUUCCAGCGCGACGAGGGCACCAAGCUGACUAACGUGAGAGAAUAAUGGGAAAGCGGAUCACGGAGGAACCGGAAGGCGAAGAAUGACCAACGUUUCGUGACGAAAGACAAUCAUAUCUUAAUACGAAGCGAACUGCGACGAGAAAUCGCGAGGGAUUCGCGUCAGACUUGCCGAUCGUUAUCGCAACGGCGAACAGCCACGCGUCCUUGCGAUUUUUGCACGUCGCUGCGCCUUCUCGUUAGACCGAAGGAAAAUAAGCAUUGAUCCGCUCGUCGUUACUCUCGAGAGUACACAUUCCCCCAUCUUCCCGACACGCAUAAAAUCCUAGAUAGUCUAAUUAACUACGGAAGAAAAUACGCGAUAACCAAGUGGGCAUCCACAAAGUUCUCGC